AUGUCCGAGCGUUCUGGGCACUGCAAAGGGAAGGACGGCAAAGCCAAGUAUGCGUCUCUCAACCUGUUUGACACCUACAAAGGAAAGAGCUUGGAAGCACAGAAGCCUGUUGUCCCUCCCCGCCAUGGCCUGCAGUCUCUUGGAAAAGUUGCCUCCGCACGGCGCAUGCCCCCCCCAGCCAGCCUGCCCAGUCUGAAGGCCGAGAACAAAGGCAACGACCCCAACGUCUCGCUAGUCCCCAAAGACGGCACAGGAUGGGCAAGCAAGCAGGAGUCUGCCGACCCAAAGAGUACCGAUGCAUUGUCAGCUCCGCAGCCGGAGUUGCAGCUGCCUGCGGCUUCACAGACGCCUGUGACCCGGCCGAGAACCCCGCCGGCACCAGAGGUCCCGGUUUCGGCGCAGGGCGCAGGGGGAAGGUCCUGGGCUCAGGCCAGUGUUACACAUGGAGCACAAGGAGAUGGUGGAAAGGCAUCAAACCGACCGUCGCCAUUCUCUCGCGAGGAAUUUCCCACUCUGCAGGCGGCCGGAGACCAGGAGCGAGCUGGCAGAGACCCGGCCACUGCAGAUCAGUGGUAUGGGCCCGGACCAAGCCUCCGCCCACCCAACGUGACGAGUUGGCGGGAUGGGGGGGGCCGGGCCCUGGCGGUGACCCCGCCGGGGGAGGGGGCUCUGGAGGGCGGGGCGGGGGGGGUGGAGGGGGUGUCCGGGGGAGGCCCGCCCCUUCCUCCCCACCAGCAAGGGCCCCUCCCACAUCCGCUGCCCCCUAGGAACCCCCCCGCCAACAGCCCCUCCCUGCCCCUGCCCCAGCCCCCUGUCCCCGCCCAGUUCCCCGGGUACCGAGGGAUCAUGCCCCCUUUCAUGUACCCUCCCUACCUGCCUUUCCCGCCCCCCUACGGACCACAGGGGGCCUACCGGUUCCCCCCUCCGUCUGAGGUCCCCAGGUUCUCUCGCACGCAGGGCGGGGCCGGGCCCGAUGGGCGGCCCCCGGGCGGCCCCCGUGGGGCGGGGGUGGACAUGGUGAAGCGCCCCUCCAUCCUCAAACAGGACGACCUGAAGGAGCUGGACGAGCUGGACCACGACGGGGACGAGGGCUGGGCCGGUGCGCAUGAGGAGAUCGACUACUCGGCCAAACUGAAGUUCAGUGAUGAUGAAGGAGAGGAAGACGGGGAGGAAGAGCGAGCCGAGGCCAAGAACGGCACCCGGGAGCCGCAGCGCCCCCAUGAGGCCGUGUCUGCGGCGCGCUCUCGAGGCGCUGAGGUGGGCGUGGACAGCCGGCCGCCCCCUCCGUCCUCCGGCCCCCCUGACGAGCCGCCGCCCGCGGGCUGGAGCGAGGAGGGGGGGGCGGGGGGCUGGGGGCAGCACGCUCCCGCAGCCUAUCAGGGUCGCAGGCCCGGACUGGGGGCUCCCGUGGAGCAGCCGUCGCCCCCGCUCCUGGGCCAGGCCCCCCCCCCGCACUACAGACAGGACCGCCCGUCUCCCCAGCUCUCCCCGAGCUCCGCCUCCUGCCCCGGCCCGGCCCCCCAGCGGGCCUCGCCCUCCCCGCAGCCCGGGCCGGUCGCCGCGGCGACGCCGCCCCCCGGCGGGGGCGAGGACGAGGACGAGGCGUGGAGGCAGCGGCGGAAGCAGUCGUCCUCGGAGAUCUCCGCGGCGGUGGAGCGCGCCCGGCGCCGGCGGGAGGAGGAGGAGCGCCGCAUGGAGGAGGAGCGCCGGGCCGCCUGCGCCGAGAAGCUGAAGCGGCUGGACGAGAAGCUGCAGCAGGCCGGCCCCGCCCCCAGCCCCGCCCCCAGUCCCGCCCCCAGCCCCGCGCCCAGCCCCGCCCUCUCCGCCUCCCCCUGCGUGGAUCCGGACGAGCCCCCGUCCGCCGGCCCCGCCCACCCGGGACCCUCCGGCGCCCCCCUCAGGCAGAGGGCCGGCAGCAACGGCAGCCACGACUCCAGUGCGGACUCCCAGCAGUGCGCGGUUGCCAUGGCGCCCCAGCCUCCAGACUCCGCCUCCCCUGUGGAGGCCAAGGAGGAGCCUGCGAGGGUGAUGGGCGUGUCAGCUGACCCGGCGGGCAAGGCGGAGGGUUUGGGAGGCGGAGCCGGACGCCCGGGGGGUGGGCCUCCAAGCCAGGGGUACUCCAAGUACCAGAAGUCUCUGCCCCCGCGUUUCCAACGGCAACAGCAGGAGCAGCUUCUGAAGCAGCAGCAGUGGCAGCAGCAGCAGCAACAGCAGCAGCAGCAGCACAGUCAGUCUGCCCAAAGUCCCCUGACCCCCCCGGGCCCCCAGGGGCCUGCCCCCGUCGCCCCGGCCCAGCCGGCGCCCAAACAGCCCCCCCUCUAUCCACCGGGCUCCCUGGGACGCCCGCCUCCGCUCCCGUUGAACUUUGACCCCCGCUGGAUGAUGAUGACCCCGUACAUGGACCUGAGAGUGAUGCCGGGACGCCCCUCCCACAUGGAUUACUAUCCUCCCAGCAUGCACCCCUCCGGUCUGAUGGGGCGAGAGCGCUCCGAUUCGGGAGGCUCCGGUUCGGAGGCCUUCGACAGACAGCACGCCGGCCCGCCACACCCCCAGCGCGGGACCCCGCCCAUGGACCCCAAACUGGCCUGGGGGGCGGACGUGUUCCCCUCGGGGGUGGGCGAGGGCCGCGGCCUCGGGUCCCCGCUGCGGCAGAAGCUUCCUCACGAGGAAGAGGAGGGCACGAAAGGCCCCAGGAGUGACACGCCUCCCGUGCGUCUGAGAGAGGGCGGGGCCGGCCCCCAGCAGCCCGGUGUGAACGUGGCCCCCGGAUCCCCGUCGGGCUCCUCCACCCAGACGCCGCCGCCCCCCCACGCCCCCGCGCACCUCCAGCCCUACAUGGGCGGGAGGGCCAACUACGGAGGGGGCCCCCACCCACACCGGGGCUUCGGCCAUCAGGACGAGGGCCCCAGGGGCGGGCAGGGCCAGGGGUGGGGGACCCCGCACCCCCACUACGACCGCAACGGUCGAGCGGACCUGUCGCCGCUGGAAGGCGGUCCUCAGAACCACCCCGGCCCGCCGGCCCGCUUCCCUGCGCCCAGGCCCCUGGAGAACGGGCGGGAGAGGGGCGCGGCGGGGGAGGGCGCCGCGAAGAAGGCCGGCAACUCUUCCUCCUGCUCCUCCUCCUCCUCCUCGUCCUCCGCCCGGGAGGACGCGGGCGCCAAGCCGGCCGCCCCGCCGGAGCGAGAGAAGCCCCACCCCGCGGCCCCGCCCGCGUCCCGGAAGCCCGAGAAGCCGGGCGGCCCCCAGGCCCUGCAGCCGCACCCCAGGUCCAGCCACCGCGGCCGGGACCACAAGACCGAGACGCAGUGGGGCCCGCGCCCGGGGCCCUCCUCCCACGGCAGGAAGUCUGCCGCCAACGCCAUGGCGACGGGCGCCAAAGCGGGGGAGGAGCCGGCCAAUCCCGGCACGGCCCCCGAGGGCAACAAACCCGCCAAUCAGACGGGCGGCGCCGGCAAGAGGGUGGGGCCGAUCAAGAGGCCGAUCGCGAGAGAGGUGAAGAGAGAAGGAGGAGAAGGUGGCGGAGGAGGAGAGAAGGGGGCGGGAACACCGGGGGUUAAGGACAGAGAGCAAGAUGGACACCAGCCCCCAGCCAAGCAGGACCCGGCCCCCCCUGGCUCCCAGGGGCCCCCCACCAAAGACGACGUGUCCCAGGCAGCCAAGUCCAGGAGUGGAGGGAAGGAGAGGGUGGCAGGAGGAGGAGGAGGGGGUGGUAAAGGCCCCAGAGAAGCAGACGCAGGCCGGAGGGAGCGGGAGCGCCCGUACGAAACGGGCGGAGCCUCCUACCACCCGGUGCCCCGCGGCGGGGGCCGGGCCGGGCGUGGCCGGGGCGAGUUCUACGGGCGCGGCCGGGGUUACCGGGGCACCUACGCAGGGAGCGGGGCGGCGCGCGCCCGCACGGGAGGCCGCAGUGGCGGGGGUUACCAGGGCAACCACGAUUCCCUCAAAGGGGAGGCCGGCGGCGGCGGGCGUGGCCGGCAGGGCGUGGCCGGGGCCAACCCGGGACGGGCCCGGAACCGCAGCGAGACGCGCAGCGAGGGCUCGGAGUACGAGGAGGAGGUGCCCAAGAGGAGGCGCCAGCACGGCUCGGAGACCGGCAGCGAGAGCGACCCCGCCCACUCGGACCGGGAGGACAGGAAGCAGACACGUGACCCCGCCCACUCGGACCGGGAGGACAGGAAGCAGACACGUGACCCCGCCCACUCCGACCGGGAGGACAGGAAGUUGCCCCGUGACCCCGCCCACUCCGACCGGGAGGACAGGAAGUUGCCCCGUGACCCCGCCCACUCCGACCGGGAGGACAGGAAGCAGCAGCAGCGUAAGAACGGGGGCCCCGGAGCGGUGAACGCCAGCCCUGGCCCCGGCCCCCACAGAGGGGCCCCCCAGGCCCGUGUCUUCACCCCCAGGGGUGUGCCUUCCAGACGGGGCCGCGGGGGCGGCGGGGCCAGCGGCCAUCGAUCGGGCCCCGGCGCCCUGCCGUCGUCCUCCUCCCAGAGCUGGGGCUCCAAGUCCUCGGCCCCCCCCGCCCGAAAGCAGCAGCAGCAGCAGCAGCAGCAGCCCCCCCCCAGAGACUCGGGCAGAGGGGAGCGGAAGGACAAGCCGGCCGAUUCAACAAGCCAGAGCGCCAACGCUGCGACUCCAGCUCCACCCGCCCCCGAAAACGGCGGGUCGGGGCCCGCGGCCCCGGCUGAGGGCCCCGUGUUCCCCGGGCGCGCGCUGGAGCGCCCCCCCCGGCGGCGGCGGCACGGCCGCUCCCAGCACCAGCAGGACAAGCCGCCGCGCUUCCGCCGGCUCAGACAGGAGCGCGAGAACGCCGCGCGCCUCCCCAACGGCCCGCCCCCGCCCCACGGCCCGCCCCACGGCCCGCCGCCCGCCAAUCACGGCCCGCCGCCCGCCGCCGGGGCCAACGGCAGCAACGGCCCCCACCACGCCCCCCCGCUGCAGCCGCUGCCGCGCCCGGGGGGGGGCGCCAAGUCGCCCGACGCCUCCAACCAGAACUCGGACCAGGCCAACGAGGAGUGGGAGACCGCCUCCGAGAGCAGCGACUUCGCUGACUUCCGUGACCGCGAGGCCGGAGGAGGAGGAGGAGGAGGAGGAGGGGGAGGAGGAGGAGGAGGAGGAGGAGGAGGAGGAGGAGGAGGGGGGGGCAGAGGGGGUGGGGGGAGGUCCUACCCCUCCCACCACCACCACCACCCGUCUGGGAGAGGGGGAGCCGGAGGAGAGCGGGAGAGAGAGAUGAGCGCGAAAGAGUCGGCCGCAAACAAGAGGAGCUUCUCCAGCCAGCGGCCCGGGCCCGAACGCCAGAACCGACGCGUGAACCCAGGGGGCGGGGGCGGGGGCGGGGGCGGGGCCGGGGGCGGAGCUAGAGGUCCACGGGGGCCUUCAGGCGGCGGCCCCAGCAACGGCGGUGGUAACCGCGGUGACAGGCGGGGCAACUGGCCCUCCCCCAAAAAUCGCAAGUGAACCGAAAAAUUUACGACAUUUCUGAAAGCGCACCUAGCCCAACCCCCGCCCCCCCUUACAUAUUAGCACAUUAUUGUACAUUCUUUCACACAUAUGCUCAUUCUUUUCUCUCUGUCCGUUCCCAUCCUCUCAUCCUUCUUUCUUUCUCUCUUUCUCUGUGUCUCUCUCUCUCACACACACAGACACACACACACACACACAGUUUAUCUGAUAAUCCCUUCCCACCUCUCCGGUCAGUUUUAAAUGCAAGCAUCCUUUUGGCUGAAAAAUGUAUGGAGAGUUAGCAUAUACAAGCACAAUGGAGAAUCAGUAUAUGGCGUGAUCACAUGCCGAAAGUGUUGGUGUAGUGGUGUCUUUGGUUCAGAUAUGCUUUCCAGAGUAGAGAUGCCAAUGUUUAUAUGUAUGUGUUUGUAUAUUAUACCACAGUUCAGCCUUGGGGAGGUAUUAAAAAUGGCAGUUCUGCAUAUUUUCCUUUUUUUGGGGGAGGGGGUGGGGGGGGUGAGGCGGGGCUAUGUAUUUUAAUGAGAACAAUUGUACACUAGAAUUUCCUCCUCUUUUGUGUUUUGUUUUUGCCUGCAAUUUCCAAUUUGAAUCUCAGCCUCAGUAAUGUCUGGGGGGGUGUGUACUUUUUAUUUUCUUUUUUCCUUCUUUUUUUCCUUUUUUUUUUUUUUUUUUUUCUUUUUUUUUUACCCCCCCUCGUUUUGCUGCAAAAAAGCAGGUCAUUAAAAUCUUUUUUUGUACAAUGCCCUUUCAUCUCUGUUUCUGACCUCUAAUCCAUCAAUAACGAGCAAGCCUUGCAAACGUAUUCACUUAUCCACUGACCAUGCGCUCAGUUCUGGGUGUCGGUGUCUUACUGCAUGUUCAACAUCACGCCGUGGUUAGUUUUGUCACCCUGCUCCUGUCUCUCACCCUUUCGUUUCCUCUUGCUCCUGAUUAGUUUGUUCUGUUAAGAUUUUUCCCACAUUCUGUGGUUCGAUCGUACCCACAAAAUAAUAUUUUCUGCGAAGAACAAAUUUUUUUUUUUGCCGGCUUUAAGCUGAAGCGCUUUCUUCUAAGUGAGGAGCAGUUUCUUUCAUGACUCCGUUUCUCAUAGGUUAAUAUCUGAGAACAAAGGGGUCAUUUUUUCCCCCCACAGUCCACAAAUCUUGCUGUUUUUAUUUUGUUUUGUUUUUUGCAUACAGAUCUGAGUAUAGCAAGAAAUGCUUUUCCUUUUAAGAAAGUGACUUUCCAAUUGGUCCUCAUUAACACGCCUGCCUGGUCGUCUGGUGGGCGGUGUUGCCCUCGCUCAACAGCGUCGUUAAUGAAGCUAUAUGAGAACGUUGGGGCGGUUUUGCCUCCGUGUAUCUGAUGGUGACAUGAGAUCUUGGCCUGCCUUGGUUCCUCCCUCACCACGGAACAGAAGUGAUGCAUUAUAACGGAUCCAGGCUUAUGGGACGGGCACUGGCCUGGGUCUGAGAGGUUACUGACAGCCGGAGCAGACUAUGCACAGGUUCUUGAUGCGCUGCAUAUUUGGAAUGGAUAUACUGACGAGUUUUACUUUUUAUUUUUUUUAUUUGUAUUUGUUUUCUUCAAAAAGCACCCCCUGAGCUCAAGACUGUACAAAAACGGAUGUCGUAGUCCGAUCGAUCAGUGUCGUACGUCAGACGAACGCGCCAUCAAGCAUGUUCAACAGCAUCCCAUGUUUUCAAACGGUUCGAAUGUUCGCUUCUCUUAAAAUGUACAUCUUCGUUUUCUCAAGUAAGUUGGGGUUUCUCUGUGGUGUAGACGCAGCCUCAAGUUGCAGAGUGAAACUUUUUUUGUGGUUUGGUGCAUGAAGGCAUUUCGGGGCACAAGUUUUGGAGCGCGCCUGAAUUGCGAGUGUCGUCUGUCGACGGUCUUGGGUUGGGGCCGGGUGGUCUCGCUAGCUUCUGCUGGCUCUGGGUCCCCGUUUGGCUCCCGAGGGACCCUGUGUAACCCGCAGUGAUGGGCUCAUCCAGGCUGUUCUCUGUCCUUUCAAACUACGUCACUCUUUUAAUUCAGCGUUUCUCAAACUGUGGGUUGGGACCCCUGUACAGGUCGUGGGUCCGUGUGUGAGGUGGGUCUGGCUGUGCUGCUGGUAUUUCACCGGUUCCUGAACGAUAAUGGGUUCUAACUUGGGUUCCCAUUUCAAAAAGUUUUAAGAAGCAGUGCUUUCGUGAACCCCUUCAGUCCCAGGAGAGCCACAUGGCACUGUUGGCCUCACACCUUUGCAACCAAUCAAAGUGACUGCUUUGUGCUCCUGUUGAAAAUCUACUGAUUGCUCAACUUUCUCAACCCGGGCCAGAACCCCGUCGGGAUUUGUGUGUAACCUCUCCAUAUUGGGCUUGGGACUGAAGGGGUUAAUGGAAGUUGUAGACGGCCAGGUGGGAAUCAGUGGGGUCCUGUCUGUUGAAGCUCGGGUACCCUGGUCUCUGACGCUAAACUGUGGAAUACAGAGAGUCCAAAGACACAGCGCCGGACUUGCACUUUGUUUCAAAAUAAAUAACUGACGAAACAAGAAGUGUGUGUUGAGCUGUUGCAAGUGAGAGAGUGGAUGUUUUAAAAUAAAUUAAUCAAUAAAAACGCACGGGGGCUCCCCAGGACCCGAGUUCCUCUGUGCUUAGUGUGUGUGCGUGUGCGUGUGCACGUGUAAAUCUGAGUGAACUGUUCCAUACAGCUGUCUGGGUAUUUGACAGCAUUUUCUUUUAAUUAAUAUUAGUAUGAAACCUUUUAAACUAAUGGAGUGAGAAGUUAUCUUGUGUCCCGUUCACUGACGAGGAAAUGGCGCUGGCUUCUAGACACUCAAUUACCCAGCAUCCCUGUCUGUCCCUGUGCUGGUCCCACCUGACUCUCAGGAGGACCUUGAGUCUGCCGCGGUCUCGUGUGGUUUGAGCCCACGCGUGCAGUGUGGGCUGCAUUUCUCUCUUCAUACACAAAGGUUGUAAUAUAUUUCCAGCGUUACUACAGCACCGAGAGAGGUGCAAGUUCUAACAUUAUGGUUCAUAAAUGGAAGCGGUCAUAUACACGUAUGUAAACCGCUAUGUAUCCCAAGUUUGUGUGCCCCAACUUACAUUCCCACCCAAGAUGUUGCCAUUUUUUACGUUCAAGGGAGCAAUGUACAAGAAGAGAAGUGUCUUUAUUAUAAUUAAAAAAAUAUACAGAGGGAAAAAAAUAAAAUUUUGUUUGUUUUAAAGGAAA